GUCGCGGUGGGGUCAGCCAAGGGGAUGCUCUCAAGCUGCAAGAGUUAAGAGUUGCGAUUUGGCCGCAUAGGGACUGGUCGCGUUCAGAGGCGCGGGUCCACCUACAUCCACACACACCCUCACGCACACGCACGCACACGCGCUCGCUCGCUCCAACGCACCUUCCCUCCCGAACGGCUCUGCUCUGGCGAGGAAUUCCCGAGGCGCCCCGAGUGAGGGUUCGCGGCAGAGGUGGGGUUGGAGGUGUACCUGUCCCGUAGACCUUUGGCCCGAGCUGCCCUGCGGAUGACCUCAUUCCUGGCGGAGGCGGCCAUGGCGGAGUGGUAGCCCAGCAGAUGCGUGGGAGACUCCCCCCAGUGCACACGCGCUCACAUGUGCACGCUACCUCCCGCCCCAAUCCGCUCGCACAUAUACGCACAUGGACGUACGUGUACAUGGUGUCGGUCCGGCUAGUGAUACAGUGCCCAAACUCGUAACAGUGCUUGAAAUCGGUGACCGAAGGCCCCGCGCGACAGGCCCAUGCGGCGAGCCUGAAAUGGACUCCUUCGCAGACACAGCUGCAAGUGGCCUUCUCUUGUCCAAGCAUCCCGUGGUGUACAACAAUAUGCUCUGCAAAGUCGAAAAUCCCAAGGAUGUAAGUGACAGCUCGCCCAGUGUGACCCCCUCGCUGACCUGUGAUUCCCCAGUGACCCAGCUGUCGCCGCCUGUCAACAUGACCUCGGAACAUGUCUCGCCUUCAGAACAUGGCAUUAAGGAGUCGUUCUUCGGCCGGACCUACAACAACAUCCCGUCGCCCAACGAGUGCAAGAACAGCGGCCGCUGCGUGAUCAACAAGAAGACGCGGACCUCGUGCAAGAGCUGCCGGCUGCGGAAGUGCCUGCGGGUGGGCAUGUCGAAGAGCGGCUCUCGCUACGGCCGCCGCUCCAACUGGUUCAAGAUCCACUACCUGAUGCAGAACAACAGCUCGGCCACGUCCUCGGCCGACGACCCCGCGGCGAGCGAGGCCAGCGCCCCCACGGCCACCAGCACGACCACGUCCCCGGGCCUCAUCAGCCCCUCGUCGGAGAGCAUGGCGCUCAGUCCGGACCUGAAGGACUUCAAGGACUUCAAGGACUUCAAGCUCAGCCCCGACUUCAAGCUGAACUCCGACUUCAAGGCCGUGCUGGAGUGCAAGGGCCUGAACUCGCCCUCGUCCUCGGAGUCGCACAACUCCGACUCGUCGCUGGACCUGAGCGAGAAGUCGCUGUUCCCGCCCUACUCCGAGCACCUGUACCCGAAGGACCUCCUGGCGCUGUACAACCUGCCGACGCUGACGCCCCGCCUCCCGCCCUACGUGGCGCCCACCACCCUCGCUCACCGCUACCUCUACCCCUACUACCCGUUCCUCUCCGUCUACUCCCGCAAGCAGUACUUGGACACCCUGAUGCAGGAGGCCCGGCAGCGGGGGGUCGCCACGCCCGUCGACGGCGAGGACGAGCCCGGCGACGGCGGCUCGCCCCCGCCCGCGACUUCGCGCCGCCGCCAAGUUCUUCAAGCCCAACCCCUCGCCGACGCACGACCUCAAGCUGCCGGUGCGGGAGCCCCCGAGCCUCGCUCAGGUCCGCAACCUGCUGCCCUUCCGCCAGAACCUGCUGGUGCGGGACAUCCUCAGCUCGGGGCGCAACCCGGGCCACGACCUGUCGCCCAGAGGAAGCCCCGACCUGCUGACCGUCGGCGCCACGGCCCCGCAGGACCUGCCCAUCGACCUGAGCGUCAAGAACAAGUCGCCGUCGCCGCCGCGGCCCGUGUCCGUCGGCGAGCGCUCGGCCUCCAGCUCGCCCCGGGGCGCGCAGGAGGGCGGCAGAGAGAGCAAGGAGGCCGCCGAGGGCCCGGCAGGCAGGAGGAAGGAGGAGCAGGACGCGCCGCUCGAUCUCAGCGCCGCGAGGACGGGGUAGCGGGCGCCAGGGACCGCCGCCCCGCCGUGCUACAGGUGCCAAGAGGAAGGAAACGCAGGGCCGCUCGCAGGUGCCACCCGACGAUGCCACUCCCACUCAGAGCCCCCGUCCGCCGGGUGCCCCGCCCCCUGCGCCCCUCCACGAAGCGGAAGGACUUCAGCGCGAAAGAACGCAACGCAGCUGCGGAAGUUCCCUCGGACAGAUCCGUACACAUAUACAGUAUAAAUAUAUAGAUAUAUUUCCUCCCGCAACCCGCGCCACUCCGCCGAGGAAGGCGUCGAGGCCGAGCGGAGCGCCCGGGUGGAUCCUUCGCGAGCCGUUCCUUCCUUCCUUCCUUCCUUCCUUCCUUCCUUCCUUCCUUCCUUCCUUCCUUCCUUCCUUUCCUUCCCUUCCUUCCUUCCCCGGGUCGACUCUUCCGCCGCGCUCUCCUUCCAUCAACUCUCUCAACGGACGAUAUCAUUUUGGUAGUAAUUCCUAAAAAGUGCCAUCGAAAGUACAAGUUCUUCCGUUUUAAAUAACUUUUUAUUUUCCUCGUUGUCGACUGUACAGUAUUUUGAAUAGUUUUUUUGUUAUUUCUUAUGAACCAGUGUUUAUUUUCCUAAGAGACAUAUCUCCUGUUUCUUUAUACCCGCUCUCCCUUCACACACAAACUUCCCUCCUUACAUUAGUCAACGGAGGGACACGAAACCCGUUCGAAUCCAUGGACGAAACCCGUUCGAAUCCAUGGACGAAACCCGUUCGAAUCCAUGGACGAAACCCGUUCGAAUCCAUGGACGAAACUCGAAGUGAAUCUGAACGAACCAGAAGGAUUUAUCAUUCCCCCCCCAAAAUCGAUUUUCCAUAAGGAGGAAAAUGGAAUUAAAACAAACAAGGAGAAAAGAAGAAGAAAAAAUAGAAAUGCAGUAAUAAACGUUUGAUUUUAUGACUCCUAUUUUUGGAAAGAGAUUGAAAGAAAAUGAAAGAAGAGAAAAAAAAUCAUUGAUAUAUACAUUACGCACAAAACUUGAAACGAGGUCUUUCAAACACUUUCUGCAAUCUGUAUCCGAUAAUGAAACGACACAUACAGUUUGCAAGAUAGUACUAGCGAUAGGCCUACAUCUGUGUACGUGGAAUUCUAUAGGUUUAUAUUGAUGAGCAGACCUUGAAAGCGUCACGACACCAAACCUGUUCAAUUUCCCUUACGCUAAAUGCAAAAAAAAAACGACUAUGAUCAUUCUAUUUUCUCUUUUUUUUCCUCCUUUUUCGUCAUAAAAUCUUUCACUUUCUUCAAGGUUUGGGUUAGUCACGCAAGGUCCAUAAAGCCCGUGUCCAUAUUAGCAGAUUUAUGGAAAAAAAAAAAUUAACCUCAUCCCAGUAUGAACUCAAGUCUUUGUUGAUGAAUGCGACAGAAAAUCUUAUAAUUUUUAUUCAACUUUCCAGUAUUUAUUUUGUAAAUAUUCUAGAGUUAAACGAUGUACAGCCGAAUAAUGUUAUGUCCAUAAGGUGUAAAAGCACAAGUCAACACUGUGGACCAUCGACCUUAGUGCCUUAAUGUCACGACUGUGUUACCCUGUCCUUCAUAUCGGGGUUAUAUUAAUCAUGUAACUGUACUAUUACUAUUCUUAAUCGAGUAUUUUAUCUACCAAGAGGAUUUUUUUUCUCAAUCUUCGUGUGGAUACGAUUAUACAAAUGAAAUAACUCAAUCAAUAACAUCAAUUUUUCUUCACUGUGAUCCAAGGAAAAACAUGUUUGAAACAUGAUCGUCCCAAGAAAUUAAGGUGAACUUCAUGACAUUAAUUUAGUGCAGUAGAUUUUUUUUAUAUACUUUUUUAUUUUCUUUUUUAUGGCCUAAGGCGAAGGUGCCGCUAAGUGUACACGAGUCUGUGAAUAUGAUAUUUAUUGUAGGAAAAAGUCGGUGCCAUUUAGUGUAUAAGAUCUAGAGUAAUAUAAUAAAAGCAACAAUAGAGAAACAAAA